AUGGCUACCUUCACGUACGAUAUCACCUCCUCUGGACCUGCCAACCGUUCUCCCUCACCUCGGCUGCACAUGGAGCACCUCCUGUGGGCGUACACUCCUGAUCCUCGGUCAGACGAAGUGCACCAGCACCUCCUUCCAAUGCCCAUGCCCAUGCCUGUGCCCCUCUUCUCUGCGUCCGGUGACCUCUCUAAGGAUGCAGCAAUCAAUGUUCCCCCACUGUCACUCCAACUGUCGGAUUUCUCCGACGACCCCAUCGAGGAGGCUCACCCAAGCCCGAGCGAUGUUGCUGAUGACCCAUCCAAUCAACGAGAGCCAACUCUUCCCCUGGCCCCAGAAGAUCGCGAAGGCAACACAUCGAAGGAGCCGUUGAACUCCGAUGAUUCCAUCGAGGCUGACCCACGCCCGGGCGAGGAACAUCACAUCCAAGCCCACCGAUCAGAGCAAGUGACCCCCCUGGUGUCCGACCGUUGGGAAGGUGAUGCGUUGGGGGAGCUGGAUAAGCGGGAAUACAUUAUCUUGCCCCUUUCUCAAGUGAAGAUACUGAAGCUGGUCUAUGAGCGAGACGGGGAUGAGAUGUACCAGAUAGUAGGAUGGACAGAUUUACAAGAAACAUGGGGCACGCAAGAAAAGCCUUGGAAGUACUCAGGUUCUGCUGAGAGUGUUCCAGGGGGUUAUGAGGUAUAUGCCAAUAUGACAUUGGACGAUUUGCAGGAGCAUGGAGGUUUGGAACUGCUGGCAGCUUAUUACUCCUGGAAGAACAGCUGUCGUCAAACGAGGUCACGUGGAUUACGUCAGCAUUGA